UCCACGCGCUUCGCCGCCCAAUUCCUUCCACGCGCUUCGCUCCCGGAAUUUCCUCCCCCGCUCCUGCUCCUGCUCCAGUCCGUCAGUCGCCUCCGCCCCUAACCCUACGCUCGCCCACCAUGGAGAUGGACCACCUCGCGGGGAGGCUCGCCGCGGCCUCCGUCUCCUCCCCCGACGACCCCGCCCCCGCCCCCGCCGCGGGAAACGACGGCAGCCUCCUCGACGUCAUCCGCGCCGUCGAGCGCGCCGAGGGCACCAUCCGCGACCAGUUGCAGGAGAACAGCAGGCUCAAGCAGGAGCUCAUGAAGAAGACGCGGCUGCUGCAGAGGGUCAGCGAGGACGCCGCGUCCCAGGCCACUUUCGGUGGCGGCGGCGGCGCGGGCCAGGAGCCCAGCGCAGCUUCCGUCGUCUCCAACAAGAUGGACGGCACCAAGCCUUACGACGCCGCUGCUCCGGCGAACCCGCGAGGCGCCUCUGCUCUCCGUCAGAACGGGGUUUCAGAGGGUGGAGGGGACCACCUGAUGCAUGAGCAGAGUAGACACAACAAGUACCUCCACAGCGGCCAGGCUAACGGGGCGUUUAGAAGGGAGCCGGCAGGCAUGGACAAUGGUGGACCAUCGCACUUCUCCACUCCGUCGUCUCGCUCCAUUUCUCCCACCAGGCCGAGAAAAGAAGGCGAUUAUGAUUCCAGACUCAACUUAUCUGGACAGGGGCUACUGCCUGUUUCAGAGAUGAACUCAAACGUGUCCUGGAAGCAGGACCUUACUGUUAAGGUCAGAGAACACGAAGAAGAGAUCACACAGUUACGGAAGCAUCUGGAUAACUACAUAAUAAAGGAAGCACAAAUACUCAACGAAAAAUCGGUGCUGGAAAAACGCAUCGCUUAUAUGCGUGUGGCAUUUGAUCAUCAGCAGCAAGACUUGGUUGAUGCAGCAUCAAAGUCUUUAGCAUAUAGACAGGAUAUUAUCGAGGAAAACGUCCGCCUAGCAUAUGCAUUGCAGACUGCACAUCAAGAGAGGUCAAUGUUCAUAUCCUCUUUGCUGCCAAUUCUGUCUGAAUAUGAGAACCUACGACCGCCUGUCCCCGAUGCUCAAUCCAUUGUUGGUAAUUUGAAGGUUUUGUUUAGGCAUCUGCAGGAGCAACUAAUGCUUACCGAGGAGAAAGUUAAGGAGUCACAGUAUCAGAUUAACCCAUGGCAAAAUGAAUUGCCAAAUAAGGCCAGUCUUCCUGUACAGUCACCUAACAAUCCUCUUGGAAAAGUAUCGAACAAAGGCAGCCUUGAUAUUGUGCCCCAGACGCCAUAUCCUCAAGUACAAUCUCCAAUGUCUUCCCCUUCCCCUGUUCAAGCCAGAGGUAAUUGGAAAAACCAUCAAGUAAUUCCAAGUGAGGUUCCUACAAGAAUUAUGGAUCAAGAUUACGGAGGAAGGACCGCUCUUUCAAGCAGCAACCAAUUUAGGAAGGAUGUUCCUGCUCAAGCGUCUCAACGUGAUUCUGAUGCUCUGCAGUUUGGCUUCGUUGCUCAGAACUCGAGCCUACCACUCGAGGGCCCUAGUAGAAGGUAUGUCUUGGAUGAUUCUGUGGGCGCUGAAGAUCAACAUGUGCGAGAACCUGCUCAAUGGGGUUCUGGAGACUCACCUAAUAUAGAAUCUGGCCUUGAGGAAACAAACCCUUCAUAUCCUUAUCUUCCUACUGUCCCUGAGGAGCCUGGUUCUUCUUUUUCUGAAGCUGCAGAGGAUGACCCAUUGCCAGGCAUAGAUGGUCUUCGAAUCACGGGUGAACCUUUUCCUGGACGAGACCUUCAAGCAAGUGGGUUCUCCAUCAACGGAACCACAAGUUGUAAUUUUGAGUGGGUUCGUCAUUUAGAUGAUGGCUCCGUAAAAUUCAUAGAAGGAGCAAGGCAACCCACCUAUUUGGUUACUGCUGAUGAUGUUGAUAAUCUACUAGCCAUUGAAGUCCAACCCCUAGACGACAGAAAAAGAAAGGGUGACAUCGUAAAGGUUUAUGCUAAUGAUCAAGCAAAAAUCACUUGCGAUCCUCAAACAAAGGAACUCAUUAAGAAAACCCUUGAAGUUGGGCAUGUGUCUUAUCAAGUCCAACUGCCUCAGGUGAGAUUCUUAGACAUGUGGGAGCCAGCUGUUUUGGCAAUAAAGAGGGAAGGUUACAGCAUUAAAUGUAACGGGCAGCGUGGUGUUGUUCUCACGGAGAAAUUUCAGAAAGCAACUGCUAUUAAUAUUCCAUACGGAUACGAGCGCCAGACAGAGUUUUCGAUUGUGUCGGCUGAUGGUGACGAGUAUAAUCUCCAGCCAGCAGACAAUAACAUGUCGCGGGAUACGAUUGUGCUGGUGCUAAGACUGUUCAGAUCCAUGGCCGUCGAGAAGCGGCGAGGGAGGAAGAAGGGCCUCUUCUUCAAGUAGAGUGAUCCGAUCCGGCUUAACGUAUAUCUCCAUCUGUGUUUAUUCUUCUUGCAGUCUACAGUCGACAUAGGUCCCUGGUGGUGAUAGAUAGAUAUAUAGCCUGAUAGGCGCGGCGUGCUAUAUACAUAAUAUAUAUUUUCGGUAGUAUUGUAUUUUUCCGUAUGUUGUAAUCGAACGCGGAAGAACCUGAUUGUAAAUGCUUGGUAGAAAUGGUGGUGAUGAUAGGAGAAUGGUUUCAGAUGUUUUGGUAGGA